GUGUGUGUGUGUGUGUGUGUGUGUGUGUGUAUGCGCGCGCGUGUCUGUGUAUGUGUGUGUGUGAGUGCGUGUGUGCCAGCGUGUGCGUGCGUUCGUUCGUAGUUAUGGUGCGAGUUGCGUAUGAUGUGUCAGAUCCUGUUCUGGUCGAGGCUACUCUCCUCUUUCCUCGUGAUUUCUCGGUGAUUUCGGCACAUCCGAGUUAUGCCUGGUGGUCGAGGAGGUGCAUCUAUAUGGGAAUUAAUUCGCAAAUAAUCAGUGGAUAUAAGGAAAGCCUUAAUAAAAGUGAAAGAGGAGGAAAAUCAGAAAGCUGGAUGUCCCCACAAUGCAGCAGCAACAGGCAGGAGAGUUAGUGGAGGCCAAACCCGGAAAGUUUAGCAUGGAAUUGUGUCAGGUGCCAAUGAUGGUUCACAAGGUGGAAUUUUCGCAAGCACGUGAUGCUUUGGGGCAGAAGGUGAGUGUUAAGGUGGAGGGCGAGCAGGAACUCACGCAGAGACUGAAGGAGGACCUGAAUCUGACCCAACGCGAAGUAGAUACCCUGAAGACGGAGGUUCUGAGGCUGAAGGCUGAACAAAAGGAGAACGAGCAGGUCAUUCAGCAGCUUCAGCAGGCCAAUAAAGCCCUGUACCAACGGCUUGAUGAACUCCAGUCGAGAUGUGACUGCAUGGAAGACCAGGCACGGCGACUGAAGGAUUCAACUGAAAGAUCAGGUGGCUUAUGGUAUAGUCAAGAUUUAGAUCGGUGCACAAGUGAUUUACAGUCUCUAAGAAAUAUCCACACCAGCCUCCUUCAAUACCCCCUUAAGGACUUCUGCACACUCCUUGGCAACAAAAAUGGGGUGACAUUAUAUGAUGCUGUCCAUGGUUCUGCACACACAUUUAGUACAGAUAUCUGGAGCAGAGAUCAUCCAGAGACUGUGCCAUUUGCAAUAGACUUAAGCAAGCGACCCCAUCAAAAAUGUGCCAGUAGCUUUGACUUUGCUAGGAGCCAUUCUCCGCCAAUUGAUCUCAGCACCCAGACCAGCCAUGAACUUGGCAGAGAACCCCUUUGGCUUGAGGAACCACCAUGCCAUCCUGUGGACCUUAGCAGCAAACCUACACAGGGAAUACAAGAGGAAGAGGUCAAUUUUCAACGGUCUGCCACAGAAGCGCACUUCGAUGGCGGACAAGACAGUGAAAGCAAUUCCUCAGAUUGGCCACCCUUGCAGAUUGAUUUGGAUAAUACUUCAGAUGAUGGAGAGGGUCUGAGACAAGAGAGAUGUGAGCCAGCACAAGAAGCCGAAAUGAGGAAUGAGGAGGAGAUGGAGGAGAACUUGAGUUUCAUUUCAGCUGUUAAUGAUGAAGAAUUACCAGAGCCGAGCCUGACCAAGAUUUCCAGUUACAGAAGAAGAAAACGUGGACCAAAAUCAUGGGAGUUUUUGAUGAGGCUUAUGGCUGAUAAGAGGACAAAUCCUUCGGUGAUCCGGUGGGAAGACAGAGAAGCUGCCACCAUUAGGCUCAUCCAACCACACUACAUUGCCAAGCUCUGGGGGAAACGGUCAAGUAAACCUAAUCUUACCUAUGAUCACUUUGCCCGUGCUCUUAGGUACCACUACAAGAAGGGACAGCUGAUCAAAGUUUCAGAACGGCAACUGGUGUAUGGCUGUGGUCCCCAGGCCCUCAAGUUUUUAGAGCUGCUCCUUCAACAGAACCAGUCGACGGGUGAUCUAAAUGAAGAUGCCAUGAUGUGGACUGAGAUGGCAGAUGCAGCAGUACCCCAAGACCAUACAUACUUCAACAAGAAAGAAAUAUAGAAAGUUUUGGAUAAAGAUAGGUGUAUUGCAGAUGUUUCCAUGAAAAGCCUAAAUGCAAA